GUUCCUAUCAACUGGAAUGGUGAAAACUGGGAAUACUACACGGCGCUGAUGGUGAGCUGCUUCGAGGAGAAGGACCUCGAGCUGAUGGCCUUCGGGGAGAAGACUCUGAAGGAGGAUGCUGACGACAAGGCGCGCUCGGAGUGGAAGCAGAAGCAGACACAGAUCAAGUGGAUGGUGCUGGGUUCUGUGUCGCCUGCCUUGGCGCAAAGGGUGAUGAAGAAGAAGACGGGCACAGAUAUGUGGAAGGCGUUGCUGGAAUAUUACGAGGCUCCCAGUAACCAGGUGCUGGCUGUACACAAGCAGCGCCAGCUUUUGCAUAAGCUGUGGCACACCCGAGCAGGCAAGGGCGAAGAUAUGAUGUUACAUAUCGGCAAAAUGAUGGAUAUCAGGGAUCAGCUCACGGCGCUGAAGUAUACCGUUCACGACGUCGACAUGGUCGACGCUUUGCUGAAUAGUUUGCCCCAGAAUGACAAGUACCAG